GGGAGCCGGAGAGUAGCAGAUGACAUGGAGAGAGGUGUGUCUAAGUCUUGAUGUGGAGGUUGAGUCUACUGAAUUCGAGCUGUGCUCUGCUCAUUUGGUGCUGAGAACAACUGAAUUUCUACAUGAUAAAAAAAUGAACCCUGGCCAGAGAGGCACAUCUGUAUCAGCUCAACUUCUAAUCUUAUAAUCUGGCGUGGAUCUGCAAUCACAAACAGAGGAUUUUUUAAAUCAUCUUUGUAACCCUAGUGAAGUAAAAGGGAGCCGCGAAACUGCUGUCCACGUGGACUGGUGCUGAAAUUUCUCGUCUGGGUACCAGGCACUGCCAUUCCAAGCCACGAGACAUGGCAACAAAUGGAACUAAAGUUGCAGAUGGACAAAUUUCUACUGAGGUCAGUGAGGCCCCAAUCACAAAUGAUAAGCCCAAGACCUUGGUUGUCAAGGUACAGAAGAAGAGAACAGAAGAUGUGGAAAGAGAUACAUGGAAAGGAAGAUUUGAUUUCCUUAUGUCCUGUGUGGGUUAUGCAAUUGGUUUAGGAAAUGUGUGGAGAUUCCCGUAUCUGUGUGGAAAGAAUGGAGGAGGGGCAUUCCUUAUCCCAUACUUCUUAACUCUGAUUUUUGCGGGGGUUCCGCUCUUCCUCUUGGAGUGUGCUUUGGGACAAUAUACAUCUAUUGGUGGUCUUGGAGUUUGGAGGCUUGCACCAAUGUUUAAAGGUGUUGGACUUGCUGCUGCUGUUCUGUCUUUCUGGUUAAAUAUUUACUACAUUGUUAUCAUAGCCUGGGCUAUAUAUUAUCUAUAUAACUCAUUUACAACUUCUUUACCUUGGAAACAUUGUGACAACGCAUGGAACACGGAACGCUGCUUCUCCAAUUAUUCUAUAGCAAACACGACAAACAUGACCAGCGCUGUGGUUGAAUUUUGGGAACGUAACAUGCAUCAAAUGACAGAUGGUUUGGAGAAGCCAGGCCAAAUCAGAUGGCCACUUGCAAUCACAUUGGCUAUUGCAUGGGUGCUGGUUUACUUCUGCAUCUGGAAAGGGGUUGGCUGGACAGGAAAGGUAGUCUACUUUUCCGCCACGUACCCCUACAUCAUGUUGGUCAUCUUGUUUUUCCGAGGUGUCACCCUCCCUGGAGCAGUGGAUGGAAUUUUAUUUUACAUCACUCCAAAUUUUAGUAAACUCUCAGAUUCAGAGGUGUGGCUGGAUGCCGCUACUCAGAUCUUUUUUUCCUAUGGUUUGGGACUCGGGUCCUUAAUUGCCCUUGGAAGUUACAAUCCAUUCCACAACAAUGUUUACAGAGACUCAAUCAUUGUCUGCUGCAUCAAUUCUGGCACAAGUAUGUUUGCGGGUUUUGUCAUCUUUUCCAUUGUUGGAUUCAUGGCACACGUGACUAAAAGAUCAAUAGCACAAGUUGCAGCCUCAGGUCCCGGACUGGCAUUUUUAGCUUAUCCAGAAGCAGUUACCCAAUUGCCCGUUUCUCCUCUCUGGGCUAUUCUCUUUUUCUCCAUGUUGCUGAUGCUUGGAAUUGACAGCCAGUUCUGUACGGUUGAAGGGUUUAUAACAGCUCUUGUGGAUGAAUUUCCAAAACUCCUACGCACCCGAAGAGAAAUAUUUAUUGCGAUUGUGUGCGUUAUUUCUUAUCUCAUUGGAUUGUCCAACAUAACUCAGGGAGGAAUUUAUGUCUUCAAACUGUUUGAUUAUUAUUCAGCCAGUGGAAUGAGUCUUCUUUUCCUUGUAUUCUUUGAGUGCAUCUCAAUAUCAUGGUGUUAUGGUGUUAACAGAUUUUAUGACAACAUAGAAGAAAUGUGUGGUCAAAGACCUUGUCUUUGGUGGAAACUCUGUUGGUCAUUCUUUACACCCAUCAUUGUAGCGGGAGUGUUCAUUUUCAGUGCUGUCCAAAUGACUCCACUUACCAUGGGCAGCUAUGUUUUCCCAUCUUGGGGACAAGGAGUUGGCUGGUUCAUGGCCUUGUCUUCAAUGGUGCUGAUUCCCGGAUACAUGGUAUAUUUGUUCCUGUCUCUUAAAGGGUCUUUAAAACAGCGUCUACAGGUCAUGAUUCAGCCAACUGAUGAUGUUGUUCACAAUGAAAAUGGGCCCGAACAGUUGUCGAAGAGUAACUCUGCCAACAGGGAAGCCUAUAUAUAAAUACACUGUACUAAGGAAGUGCAGAUGUCAUGAUUUUCUAAAUACAAAAUGGUUGACAUGACCACAUAAUUACAUCUGGAAUAAAGAAUUUACCUACCUCCAGUGGCAAAAAAAAAAAGGGGACCAUCACCAGUAGAGCACAAGGAAAAUCAACUUGGUUAUUUUCUUACUGUUUUGUGGAAUACCAUGAAUGGUUUGCGUGUUCAGGCAAUUCAGACUGUUAACGUUUUUAUCUUUACUGCAAAGGUUGAAUUUGUAAACCUAAAAAAAAACACCAUUUUUAAAGCUAUACUUGGCUACGAAAAUCUGAGGUUUUGUGUGAUUGAUUUUUAAUUCUGAAACCUUUCUUCGAGGCAGCUCCCAAGACUUUGACUAAAAUCCAUAAAACGCUUAUUAUCUCUUUUUUUUUUUACUCAGCGUUUUUACAGCACAAGGGUAGAUAGCACAAAUGUUUGAAGGAUUUUCAUUUUUCAAUUAUUGUAGAAAAUUGUCUAUUAUUUUUUUAUGAAAAGUUUUCUUGAAGAGAUUUAUUGAUUUUUUUUUUCUUACUGAGGAAAUGAAAGCACAAAUUAAGUUCAAGGGACCAAAUUUACAUAUACAUUUAUUACAGAGAUAUUAACAUAAAUGUUUAAGAAAAUACAAUUUAUAAGCCAAAUACCAGCCUUUUCGUAAAAAAGUUAAUUAUACAAUCCAUUGUACUCUUUAGUAAGAAAUAAUUUAAAAAAUUUAAACAAUCAACUGUUGAUUAGAUUUAAUGCAUGUUAAGGUUUUAAAUAGUUAAUGCUUCAUUUUUUCUAGAAUAAAGGGUAUUCACUUAAACUGUUUAAAAAUAUAGUAAAAUAUGUUAUAAAAAAAAAUGUGUUAGGGAAAAAGGACAGAUACAUAAACCCUUAUGCCACGCAACACCCCUGGUUGGAUUUACUGCACCUUUUAAUUGGUAUAAUAAUAAAACAAAGGGUAAGAAACAAAUACUUGUUGCCUGACUGCAUUUGGCAUUUGCAUUUGGUCUAUUUUAGGCACAACAAAAAAACGCCUACAUUGGUGAUAGAUGACUGUGUUGCACAAUGAGCUUUCUCUUUAGCAAAGUCUUGUGCUUUUUAAAAAUGUUCUAUAGCACAUACUUUAGAACUAUUAUGUGAUAAUGUUUCUCGUGGAUGUUAGUUGGGUUUGUCAUUUUUGUCCAAAGAGUGAAAAAAAAUUAUCUAUAUAUGUUAUUGCAAUAAAUUAAUAUUCUAAGAAUGUCAAGCACAUUUAUUGUAGAAAAUAUAUACAAAUAUUUUAACGGUAUUUGUACAACAGUAUUGUUUCGUAGAUCCUAAAAUGUCUCAUAUCAAAUGUAACAUAUUCAAAAUUAUAAUGAUGUAUGUCUGUAGUGCAACCAGGCAAAACGUCUUGUUGUAACUUUAUUUUGUAUACAAUGUCUCCUAUCAUUCUUUGUGACGUUCAUGCAGUAUCGGAGCCAAUGAGCCAUUGGCGUCUGACAGCUGCUGACUUAAUAUAUGUAAUACAGUCUGUUGUUCAAAAAAUUUAUGCAGUAUUUAAAUGUUUGAUUGUAUACAGUACAUACAUACAAAACUGACAGAUAUGCUUUGUAGCAUUCUUAUAUACAAAAUAUCUACUUUAGCAGAAUAGUGAUGUAGGAACUACUGUGUUUCAAUUGUGAAUAACUGUAUCUUUUUGUAGUAUCUUCCCUAAUAAAACUAUAUUCUAUCAUCCAAUAAGCUUACCCGCAAUAAGAUAUUAAGUCAUGAAUCAAAUAAAGUUAUCUCUAUAUAUAAAAAAUAUAUAUGUAAUGUAACAUAUGCAUAGUAAAACUAUAUACAGAGCUUGUUAACUGAAAAAAAAAUAUCCUUUAUAUUUAGUAUCUUGCAACCUGUUCUAUGGACCAAAUGUAAUAUAAGAUACAUAUUAAAUGUCUUUUAAUGGUGUCUAUCUGCAAAAAAAAAAAGCACGGUUGUCAUGUACGUUUAUGAAUUUAGAAAUCAAAUAAAGGAUAUAUUACAAAUAAAGUA